AUGGAGUCCCUCAACCUCAACACCCUUGCCAAUUCCCUUCCCACCACCCAGCAGAAUGCAGAGAAGGAGCUCCUCAACGAUUUCAAAGCCGCCGCUCUGAGCAUCACCACGCUCUACCGGUCAUCGAGGAAGAACUCGAAGCGGGCGUACAACGCCGGAUACGCAGCUGCGUGCCAGGAUCUCCUCAACUUUAUCCAGCAGGGUGUCUCGGCGGACGUAGGCCACUCGCCCGCGAGCUCCUCGCAUGCCGUCGUCGAGGGCGGUGGCAUGACCAUCGGGAGGGUGAUGGACUGGACAGAGGCGAGGGUGGAUGCGAUCAAGGCGAGAGAGGAGGAAGAGGACGAGGACGAGGACAGGGAACGUGUCGCCGUGGCCGCGCCCGCGGUGCCUGCCACCCGCACUGCGCCACCACCCGUUCCUACCAAAUCAGAAGGCAAGAAACCCGGCCACCCCUCCUCCUCAUCCACAGCCUCAGCGUCAUCCAGUCGUGUCAAAGAGAACAUGACAUCUCUACCGACUCCGAACUCCCCCGCGUCGCACUCGAGCACACAACCACCUUCAGAGCCAUCAUCGCCGUCGCCACCGCCAUCAGCAACGCUCCCGAGGAGCUCGACGCGCUCUUCCCGAUCACGGGGUACACCCACAAAGGAAUCAUUCCGCCAAUCAACGACGCUGCCCGUCCACUUCCCCUCCACCCACCCACAUUCUCAUUCGCACUCGCAUUCUCACCUCUCACAUCUGUCAGAUCCUUCAACAACACCGUCGUCCGUGUCCACCAUACAAUACCCCGAGACACCCAUCGUCAACGUUAUCGGUGCAGGCACAAAGCGGCGACACGCCGUCAUGCGCAUGCUCGAUGCCAACACGAAUCCACCUACGACGACCAUAUCCAUCGGCGGUCCCUCGUCCACUGUGUCCUCCCCUGGGGGGAUGAUGAUGGGCGGAAACAAUAAUGCGUACACGGGUUCGACCGCGUCGAGCCUGAGCAGACGACGGACGCGGAGCUCGAGGAAUUUGACGCAGCUGCAGCCGCAUAAUCCGAAUAUCAGCGUUAUCCAGAUGAACCCUGAAGCGAUGGACGUGGAGGAAGACGGUCGGGAUCGGAAGCGCGUAGCUAGACGAUGA